UCUUUCCUUAGAUUCAAGGAAAGAGGUGACACAUUGAAUGAAAAACGCAAAAGCUAUCGAAUAUUAAGUCAAUCUUCUGGCACAGAUAUGCGAUUCUGUGGUAUUUACAAACAUAAAAGUUCUGGUUCUUCACUUUCUAGUAAAAAGAAGACAUUAAAGGAAUAUAGUGUAGUGAUUCAAAAAGAAACUUUGGGGAGUUCUUCAAAAACUUUGGAUUGCUGCCCAGUUGAGUCUCGUUCCAGUAAAGCACCAGAAGACAAUCUUGCCCAAGAUUGCCUUAAUUAUGUUGAAGAACAAGUAAAUUUAAUUGAGUGCCAAGAAUCUUUCAUUCACGAAGAACUGGAAGAAACUAAAACUGCAACAUCAAAUUGGACUCGAAGAAUCAAUGAGAUUCAUAAAGACUGGGCUUCUGCCAAACACAAUUUUCUUGAAGCCUUCGUUUCAUCACAAUCAUUUGCAACAUCUUGGUGUGCUGACUGCCCAGCUCCACUUUCACAGCACUACAUUUCCUGUGGCAAUUGUAGGAAAAAAAGAUGUGAGAAAUGUGAUGAAGCUUUUCACAAAUCUAAUCCUUUUCAUCUGCGAACACUCUACAAAGAAGAAACGUCAAAGACUCUCCUACCUGAAGAAUCUGUUUUGUCAGGCCAAAUUAUUGUUUGUGAUGUUCCAGUUCCAUGUUUUCCAGUAUCGUUCAGAUGUCAAACAUGUGAGUGUUUGACAGCUUUUUCAUUAACAGCUGGGAAAAGGAGAAUAGUUAUCAUAACUGAAAGUGGGAGAUUUGAUCUUCAUACCUACAUAUUCCUGUGUGCCAUAUGUGGCGAAAAAAAGGAUGCCAACGAAGCGGAUUACGUCGUGUCUGGCUGGUGGCCAACAUUGGCAAAAAAUCGCUCUCACUUUUUUCUCCAGUGAAUUACUUCAAAUGUGGCGCCAUUUGAAACACCAAGCUCCCGGCACAUCGGAGAGAAAGUUUGUUGAAACCCUCUCUGAAAUUUCCAAGACGUCUAAUAGAUGCGCAACAAUUGAUAGGAAAUUGUUUGGCCUGGCAAGCCGCCAAUAUGACCAUCUUCUCUACCUUCUUAAUACGGAAAUAAAUGGAAGGGAACUAUUCAAAUGCCUGGCAUGUGGAACACGUCCAUUAGCUAUUCAUGUGGAUGGAAACAUGAAGCUGUAUCGCUGGCUGUCUGCGCUUGGCGUGGAUGUCCCCUCCCUCUUCGCAGAUGCUGGUAUUGUUGACACAAUAAAGUUUUUGAAUUUUGUUGCCAAAAUUAAUGCGGCAAAAAAUUCCGUGUGGGUCAAGCAGUAAGGAUUCAUGUGGCUCCGCUAAGUACAAAGCAGGAAAAGAAGAUUCAAGUCACAAGAAGGCACUAGCUGAAACUGGGAUUGUAUUUUGCAGUUGCCGUCACGGUGUUUUGUGGAGAGCUUUUGAUAUGGACAAGGGAGAAUCCUAGAGGCAUAUCCUCUAUCUGCAUGAUUU